AACGGAGUAUUACUGUAGCAACGUUCGUGUGUAUGUGUCUGAUUUAAGGAUUGGUGUUGAUGGCAACACCAAAAAAUGAGUCUGGUUAAUAUGAAGCAGAUAAACGUUUCUGUUAUUGGCCUUUCUGGGACCGAAAAAGAUAGAGGUCAAGUUGGUGUCGGAAAAUCAUGUCUCUGCAAUAGGUUCUUAAGACCUUUAGCUGAUGAUUACUUCAUUGACCAUAUAUCAGUGUUGAGUCAAAGUGAUUUUAGUGGAAGAAUUGUUAAUAAUGAUCAUUUUCUUUAUUGGGGAGAAGUUCAUAAAAUUACAGAUGAUGGAGCAGAGUACACAUUUAACAUAGUAGAACAAACGGAAUUCAUGGAUGAUUCAACAUUUCAACCAUUUAAAGUUGGAAAAAUGGAAUCUUAUAUAAAAAGAUGUACGGCUACUAGAGUUUUUUCUGCUGAAAAGCUUAUGUAUAUAUGUAAAAACCAACUAGGGAUAGAAAAAGAGUAUGAAGAAAAAGUAAUGCCUGAAGGAAGGCUUAGUAUAGAUGGUUAUAUCCUCGUAUUCGACGUUAGUUCAGUGCCAAAUAGAUCCAUAGAAAAACAACUUGAAUUUGUUCAAAAUGUCAUCAGUAUUAUUUUAAAGAAUAAAAAACCUAUGGUAUUAGUAACAACUAAAAAUGAUGAUGCAAAUGAAUUAUAUGUACGCGAAGCAGAAAAAAUAUGUCAACGAAAAGAAUGUAAAGGUCAGGUACAGCUUGUUGAAACAUCAGCUCAUGAAUCAGUAAAUGUGGAUGUGGCUUUUAUUUUACUAGCACAACUGGUCGAUAAAAUAAAAAACAGAAUAAAAAUUCCUUCUUAUCAAGAGGCUUCUAGAUAUAGAAAAGAACUUUUGGAUACACGUUCAGAAGCCGUUACUAAAUUAAUACGGAAUCAAAUCACAGACUAUCGUAUACUUUGGAUACAAGGUUCGAAAAUACUUUCCCAACAUAAAGAAUGGACCGAUUUCAUAAAUAUUUUUGGUAACGAUGCAGGACAAAAAAUAUUUCGACGUCACAUAAAAAAGUUACGUGACGAUUAUUUAAAUAAAAAAUUACAACAGUAUAUUGAAAAAUUUUCUUCUGCUCUGGAAUAUUUGUUGCCAGAUAUAAAUGUACUAAGUACACACGAUGGCGAUAUAUGGGAUAAUGCAAGAAAUUUUUUGCGUAAUCAACUAGAGUUUAACCAGUAUUUCUUUGAUUGCCCACAAGUUUCUUGGACAGAUUUACUUGAUAUGGACGAAGCAGUCACUGACGUUCGCAUUCCAUUCGAUGUAUUAGAAACGACGGAGGCAGAAACAGCUUUUAGAAAUUACGUAAAUUCUGUACAACAGGACAAGAAGAAAGUUGGCUGGAAGCAUCAAUUCAAAUUGCUACUUGAAGAAUCUGGAUUCGUUACACCAGGGAAAAAAUUGUCAGAAGUGCGCGUGUUAUUUAUGGGCCGUGAAUGUUUUGAAGCUCUAUCAGAACAUGAUUGUCAACAAAUUUAUGACAUACAUCAAGAAGAAAUUUUAGAAAAAUGUAAAGAAAAUUUUAUUGAAUUGCUUUUAGAAAAUGCACAAUUAUUUCUACAAUAUAAAAAUAUUGAUAUUAUAACCCAAGAUGAUAUACGUCACAUUACUGAUGUUAUACAAGAUGACUCAAGAUACAAGAUUUUGGAUCGUUUGGAUCAGGAGAGAAGGCUUAUAUUAUUUCAACAUUUGGGUUUUAUACAUUGUCCAAUACGUGAACAUUGUCCAUUCUUUAAUAACUGUAUAGAUAAUUUGAUUGGGGAAGUAUUAUCAAAUAAAUCAUCUCUAAAGAAAAAAUCGUCUGAUAAUUGGAAAUCUCAAAAUGUAGACAAGACGCUUAACUUAUUAAUAGUUGGUUCAGAACAUUUAGCAAGUGAUUUACUAAAUGACAUUCGCAUGUGUACGGGAUUAAAAGGAGAAUAUGUUUUCGAAAACCAAACAUAUUUUUUAAACUACCGCAUUGCCAAUGGAGACAUGGAAGCUUUUAAGGCAAUCGAUGUGACAUCAAGUGGAUUAAUUUGCGUGUACUCCAAUCAACAAUCUUUUGAAACCUUGAAAGAUAAUUUAGAACGGACUUUAUUAUGUAAUCUAGAAUUAGAAGAUAAAUUUGAAAACUUACCAAUUGUUUUGGUCUACCAACCACAAGAUUUAAAGGAAAAUGAAAUGGAGUAUUUACGGAAUGAGGGUGUAAGACUUUCUGAAUUGUUACAUUGUGAUUUUAUUGACCACAAUCAAAACCACCAAAAAUAUGUUUAUGAUAUUCUAAAUAUCGUGAUAUUUUCUUUAAAACUAACUGAAAUAAAAACAUAUGAAACAUAUCCAUCUAAUCAAGUUGAUUUACGUAUUAUUGUCUGCUUAUUUUGUGGUGAUGAAUAUAAUAUGGAAAAUAUUUUAAGUCCAUUAAUUGAUGAAUCUACGAUAACUAAAACUGCAGAACAUUUAAUUAUAAUUGAUAUGUUUAUUGGCGAUUCAAAAAAACGGGUUGAACUAAUUAUUACUUCAUAUCACGGCAUCAAUCAAUAUCGUGAUGAAUUAAUACAUGGAUUUAUAUAUUUUUACUCGGCUAAACGUCGAUCAUCAUUAGCGUAUCUUAAUAUUUUAGCUUCACAAAAUUCUAACAUACCUGUGCAAAUAAUCGCAAUAACUGAACUAGGAGGUGCAAAUGCUUUCUUUAAUAGUGACCUUUGUCAAUUUCUUAUUACGGAAGGUAAUUCUCUUGCAGAUAAAUUAAAAGGAAGCUUUAUGACUUUUUCUGCAGAUCAGUUUGUAAAAUUCGCUUUUUAUAGCCCAUUUCUUAAGAUUGCAUGGGAUAAUAAAUAUGAAACUGAAAAUUUACAUAUAGAAGAGUCAAUUACUAUAGAUUCUGGCGAAGGAACGUUAGAAAAUUCUAUUCAUCAAUUACCAAGGCCUCCUCCACGCCUUGAAAGUUACAUGUUAUCCAGCACGAUGGGAACAGAUGGUUCAGGCAGUGAAAAUUAUGAAAUGCUUCCAACACGUUCUUUAAAUUCAUUAAAUGAUGGCAGCGAAAAACCUUAAAUCAUAAAUCCAAAAUGACUCACCGUUUAAAAUACCAGCCCAAUGAUACAGCAAUUGCAAGACCUAGUAAUAUCGUUUAUGACGUUGAUCUACAACAGUUUCUUCUCCCUUGGCUAUUAAAAAAAGGAAAGGAAAUUGGCUCAAAUAAAAGUGAUUCCAAAGCUUCUUAAACAAUGAUACAUAUAAUACCUGCAGACACGUUAUACCUAAUCACAAAUUAAGCUUUAAAACAGGACAUAAGGUUAUUGAGCAAGUCUACAAGAUUUGCCAAAGAAAUAUUCAGUACAUUUCAUGA